UGGUAGUCGUAGCUGGCAGAAGUGAUUGAGAAAGAAAAACAAGGAACAAAGUUGUAUUGUUCUCCAGUGGACCGCGGCUGGUCCGUUCCUCUUUCUGUAUAGUUUCCCGGGUGGAGUAGUUGGAGAUUGGGUUCGCCUGCCUGGCAGACCGCGGAACGCCUAGUGGACGCCAUGGGUUGCUGUUACAGCAGCGAUAACGAGACCCCUGAGCAGGACCCUAGUGAGCGAAAGCCGUUGAUCACUCAGCCGAAUCCCGACAGGCCCCUUAAUGGCACAGACUGGAGCUCUGCCAGUCAACCGACGGCACGCACAGAUGAACAGGCCCUACUGACAUCCAUCCUCACCAAGACAGCCCUGAACAUCAUAGAUGUCUCGGCCACAGACUCACAAGGCAUGGAGCAGCAUGAGUACAUGGACAAAGCUCGGCAAUACAGUACAAAACUGGCCCUGUUAAGUAACAGUCUGUCUCAGAAGAAGCCCACGCCCCUCCCUUCCCUCACCAGCCAGCCCCACCAAGUGCUCGCUAGUGAUCUGGUGCCAUACUCGGAUGUACAACAGGUGUCCAAGAUAGCAGCCUAUGCCUACAGUGCAAUCUCUCAGAUCAAGGUGGAUGCUAAAGAAGAGCUUGUAGUUCAAUUUGCCAUCCCCUGAUCUGGGAUGGAUCCUCUGGCCACUUCCCACAACCCCGUUCCCCACUCCCGUCCCCCAGCCCGCACCGCAUCCAUGUGUCUUCGUUCCUCUGCUACCCACUGGAGUCUUCCAGCUGAGGACAUGACAACCAGGCCUCCCCCGCUGAAAUGGUUUACCCCCCCCCCCCCCUUCACCCUACGUUCACGAGUCAUUAAGGAAUUUAAAAAUGCUCUCAUUGCAGUUUACAAACAAUAACGGUGUCAGGGCUGUCUGUUUAUUUUGGUUUUUUUUCUUUAAAGUGUCUUGUACCAAGUCAGGUGACCGAAUAAACAGAUAGCUAGCCGCUAGCAGUGAUGCUGGUGGCGAUAUCUCUCCGAUUAAGCGUUUCAGGUGUAGCCGGCAACCGUGAUGUAUUAACCACAGUUAGAGAUAUAAGGGGAUUAUUCACCUUAAAACGUAGGAAGAAAUGGGGCGAAGAGAGAGGGGAGAGAAACAGUGAUGUGCAUUCAGUGAGCAUGGGGGGGCUGUGGUUGUGACACUGGACUUUUUCACUCGGAACACACACCGUACCACUCAUUUCAUCAAUAUCAAUGAAGAGCCAACACGUUUUUCUUCUCCCAUAUCUUUGUUAAAAUCCUUAGAUGGCCCUUAUGUGGUAAGUCCUCACUGGGAUUGAUUUAAACACGGCAGGAAGUCGGUUCUAACCGGAGCACCUGCGGUCAAAUCCACACAACCUGUAUGAGCCUUGUAUAGAAUUCCGCUUAUGCUGGCUAAGUGCGAGGGUGAAUGGAGAUUUCUGCUUCCUCUUAAAUUGUUCAGCUGGGAGUCCUUGGAUUCAUAUCGUUAGAUUUCACACAAACCAUACUGGAGGCAAAGGAGGCUUAGGACUGGGGUCUAGGGGUUGGGCUUGUAUUGUAAAUGAAUCAUUGAAGUGUCAAUGCCUUCUAUGUACAGAUUUUUGAUUCCGUCAGAAGCAAGAAAGGGAUUGUAUGCACCUCCCCUUGGCAGAUGAACUGUUGGUCAGGAUUGGCUAAAGCUCCACUAAGAUUGUUUUAGGAUCCAAACAAAACUAAUAACACAACGGUUUGUGUGACCCAAGAACACUUUUAACACCCAAUGUUGUUAGGUUUUUAAAUGAAACACAACAGAUUGUGACAAUUAACUCAUGUUAACCAGUAACUAACACCUGUCAUGGCAGGGUGGGAUAAAAACCAAUAACCUGUGAUUAUCCCCCACAUUUAAAACCAUCAGAGGUGUUAUUGUGAUAUUUAUUUCUGUUUUACGUAUAUUUAUGCUGUGUGGCGGGUGGGCUUCAGUGUGUGAGGCAAGGGCCGUGCCCCACUGGGUUCUUAAAAGGGAUGAUCUGCAAGGCUGUGAUUAUUUUACCAGUCUGUGAGAAAUUAAUUUGGGCUUUUUGCAGUGUGCUUGUAAUGUUUUGUUUGUUUUUGUUUUGUUACUUCAGUGUGUAUUACUACAUGAAUUACAUAAUUUGUUUUAGGCUAGAACCAAAAAGUUGAAGAUAUUCAGUUAAUACCCCCCCCAUUUAAAUAAUGCAUUAAAGACUUUCAGCAGAAA